AUUGUCACGAACGAAACUGUCAAAGGCAGCGCCCAGUCGCGUCGCGUCGUUCCUCUGAUGUCCGUGAAUACUUCCUGGUCCAAAGUUGUGUGUACUCAAAUCAAAGUCAGUUGAGCAUGAAGUGGGAUGGUGAACUCAUAUCAGGGAAGUACACUUCAACGGACACUCACACUUCUCUAAACAGAGGGAUAGAGAAGAGAAGUUAAAUAAUUCAUUCCUCAGUCCAGACGCUUUGCAAACAUGAUACGAGCAGAUGAACAUCAUUUACGCAACGGAACCCUGAAGGCUCAUUCCGACCAGAAACAACAAGGAAGCAACAGUUUGAAAAAUGGAUUCCACGUUACUGGAAAGGUGCAGAAAAAUGGCAAUGGAGACAGUUUUCAUCAACCUCGAGUUAGGGGGGAAGAUUCGUUUGAGGAAGCCCCCAUGUAUGUGGCUGUCCUGACAUACAUGGGUUAUGGAAUUGUCAUCCUGUUUGGCUAUUUCAGGGAUUUCUUAAGAGCUGUUGGCUUAGAGAAGUGCCAUCAGGCCCAGGAGAGAGAAGAGCAAAAGGACUUUGUUCCCCUUUACCAAGAUUUUGAAAACUUUUACAAACGGAACCUGUACAUGAGAGUCAGGGAUAACUGGAACCGGCCUAUAUGCAGUUUACCUGGUCCAGUUUUUGAUGUCAUGGAAAGGGUCUCAGAUGAUUACAACUGGACUUUCAGGUUAACAGGAAAAACCAUUGAAAACGUCAUAAACAUGGGCUCCUACAACUACCUGGGUUUUGCUGAAAACAAUGUCGACUUCCUGAAAACUGUAGCAGAAGAGACCAGACAGUAUGGGGUUGGCGUCUGCAGUACAAGACAGGAACUAGGCAACUUAAGCAUCCAUGAGAAACUGGAGCAACUUGUGGCGGAGUUCUUGGGGGUGGAGUCAGCAAUGGCGUUUGGAAUGGGUUUCGCCACCAAUUCCAUGAACAUUCCAGCACUAGUCGGAAAGGGCUGCCUGAUCCUGAGCGAUGAGCUAAAUCACACGUCCCUCAUCCUGGGAGCCAGGUUGUCUGGGGCAACCAUUCGAGUCUUCAAACACAACAACAUGCAGAGUCUAGAAAAGCUGCUGAAGGAGGCGAUUUGCUCAGGUCAACCUCGUACCCAUCGUGGCUGGAAGAAGAUCCUCAUCAUGGUGGAGGGCAUUUACAGUAUGGAAGGCUCUCUAGUCCGGUUGCCAGAGAUCUUAGCAUUAAAGAAGAAGUAUAAGGCUUAUCUGUACCUCGAUGAGGCCCACAGCAUUGGGGCCGUGGGCCCCACAGGUCGAGGAGUUACAGAACAUUUUGGCGUGGACCCCAAUGAAGUGGAUGUUCUGAUGGGCACCUUCACUAAGAGUUUCGGGGCUGCUGGCGGGUAUAUUGCAGGGAAAAAGGAGUUGGUGGAUUAUUUGAGGAGCCACUCUCACAGUGCGGUGUACGGUACUGCCAUGUCCCCACCUGUCGUGGAGCAGAUCAUCAGGGCAAUUAAAUGCAUCAUGGGUGUCGAUGGCACGACCGAAGGCCAGCGAAGAGUUCGGCAGCUGUCUGAGAACACGCGCUACUUAAGAUCUCGGCUGAAGCAGAUGGGCUUCAUCGUUUACGGUAACCAGGACUCUCCAGUGGUACCGCUCCUGCUCUAUCUACCUUCGAAAGUUGGGGAGUUCUCACGGGCCAUGUUGAAGAGGAAGAUUGGUGUUGUAGUUGUAGGUUUCCCAGCUACACCCAUUGCAGAGGCCAGGGCUCGCUUCUGUGUGUCUGCCGCCCACACCAGAGAAAUGCUUGAUAAGGUUCUCCAGAGCCUUGAUGAACUUGGAGACCACAUCAGGGUGAAGUUCUCCCGUCACAGACCUUCUCAUCGGCAGGAGCUGUAUAAUGGAACAGACUUUGAGCGGGACAGCUAAUCACUCAUCGUCAUCACCGUGAGUGUGAUGGCUUGUCCACAUUGAGGGACUGCCAAGGUGUGAAUACCUUGGUAAUUAAAAAAAAAAAAAAAAAGUGUCUUGCUGUUCCGCACAGGACAAUUAUUUUUUUCACAAAAAGCAAAAAAAAAAAAGUGCAGUAUUUGUUAUUGCUCUUUCAGGUUUGUCCUGCUGUGAGGCAUGGACUUUUGUAUUUAUAUAUUGUAAAAUCAUAUUUAAUUGUUUUUUUAACUGCCGUUUCACAGUUUUGUGAAGUUUUUUAAAUUAUUUUUUCCUCAGGGGAUUGUGGGAAAAAGGGAGGAUCCGCAACGGCUGUGUUUACAGAACAUAUAUCAAAAGCUGCUCUAAAUAUAUCAAAUAAUUAACUCCCUUAACACUGACCUACAUCAAAACUCUAGACGUGGAUAAGAAAUCCCUUGAAGUGGCCCUAUUUUUUCAUCCUGCUCCUGGACUGAUGAAAUACCUCCAUUUUUGUGCUGGAUUGUGUGUUUGUGUUAUCAGCAAGUGCAUUAAUUGAAAGAGAUUGAACAAAGCUGGGUGGUUCAGACCCAGCGCUGCUCAUUCAUAGUCAUUAAACAUCCAUGCAUUGCAUCUUGCAGAUCCCAGUCCUGUAAAUGUACAGUGACAGGCAUUUAUUUGCAUUUUUUGUGCAGGAAACUACUUCUAAUUAUAAAACAGUAAAAAAAAAAAAAAUGUAUGGACUGAUUGUACUUAUAAAUCAAAUGUUUGCUUGGAAAGUUUGAAA